AUGCUAUCCCCAACGCCUCCCAUGGGAUUCAAUGACUGGGCUAGAUUUGAAUGUGCUAUUAAUCAGACGGUUUUCACUGAUGCAGUGGAUGCAAUGGUAUCGACAGGACUUCGAGAUGUCGGUUUCAAACUUGUCACCAUCGACGACUGUUGGUCUGAUCAUAAUCGGACUAGCAAUGGCUCUUUAACAUGGGACACUAAAUUGUUUCCCAAUGGCUUACUAUGGCUUUCGGACUAUAUCCAUAAAAACAAGAUGGAUUUCGGCAUUUACUCGGACGCUGGAACACUUACUUGUGGAGGAUACCAGGGAUCCUAUGACCAUGAUGAAAUGGAUGCUAAAACAUUUGCAAGCUGGGGUGUCGACUACCUGAAAUUAGAUGGAUGUAAUGUGGAUUCCGUUCCUGGCCAAUCGGAUGAAGAGACUUACCGACAAAUAUACGAACGUUGGCAUCCAAUUUUGCCCCCACUUAACAUUACAUUUUCCGAAUCGGCUCCAGCUUACUUUGUGAAUGACAAGAACCUAACAGAUUGGUACAAGGUGAUGUCUUGGGUGCCCAAAUAUGGCCAACUUGCCAGGCAUUCGUAUGAUAUCGCCACGUACGGAUCGAAGGGAAGUGUAUGGGAAAGUGUCAUGACCAAUUAUGGAUACAAUCUCCGCCUAGCGAGAGUACAGCAGAAAGGGUUCUACAAUGAUCCAGAUUUUAUUAUUGCGGGAGAUCCAAAUUUAACAAUGGACGAGCAACGUUCACAAUUUGCAUUGUGGUCUUCGUUUUCUGCUCCGCUCAUCCUCAGUUCUGAUAUCCCUGCAUUGACCAAGGAGCAUCUCGCAUUUUUAACCAACAGAGACCUCAUUGCACUGGACCAGGAUCCCUUGGUCAAGCAAGCAACCCUAAUAAGCCAGGAUGAAGAUUUUGAUGUUCUGGCAAAAACCCUUGCCAAAGGAGAUCGCGCAUUAACUAUUCUAAAUAAAGGUGGCUCCACUGCAUCCUUGACUGUCACACUAGAAAAACUCGGCUUCCAUCUAGGUCAACAUUGUGCAUAUCAUGUAAAGGAUUUAUGGACAGGCAAGACAUCCCUACAAGCCAACAAAAUUGUGGCGAGUAGCAUCCCCAGCCAUGGAACCGCCGUAUAUCGUGUUACUCCUACCGCUCAAUGCAAGCAGUUUCUCCCUGGUGGACAGAUCUUCAAUGCGUUUUCUUUGAACUGUGUAGGGGCAGGGAACCCUGUUUGGUCAGCGAAAUGCAAUGCCACUGAUGAUCAAUUUUGGAAAAUCUCGCCUCAAGGAACAAUUUUGGCCCCAUUUGCUGGCAAUGCCUGUCUCUCCGUUAAGGGUUCCUCGGUAGUUACAGAAAAUUGUACCUCAGCUCCAGAACAAAUUUGGACCCACGGUGUAGCUGGCUAUCUUGUGAACAAAGCUACUAAGCAAUGCUUAACCGAGAAAAAUUCAUCCAUCCGCAUAGCAAAGUGUGGAGAUGAACUUGACAGCCAAGUUUUUGAAAUUCCCUUGUAG